AAGAAAUGUCGUGACACUUCUGUCAAAAACACUCAAAAAUAAGAUUUUUCCAAAUGCUCUAAAACCCUAUGAUCUCUGUUUACUAUCUGUUGAUAAACUAAUUCGAACUAAAAGAUGCUUAAAUUCAGUGGGAGUGUAAUUUGGAGGUUAGGAAGUCGAGCGACCCUGAGGCAGUAUUCCAGUGCCGGAGCCACAGUCGUGAAGGCUGACAAGCUGGAAGUUGAUGGAAGUUUAUCUAAUAAAAAUGCCCAAAGCGCAGAACAUGAUAAGGACACCAAGUCAGGUUUAGUAGCAGCGGCAUUUGCCACACUAAAUUCUCCAGAGACCUAUGAACCGAAGCGGCCCAGCCCCAAGUCCGUGAAGCAGAGCCGCACGCAGCAGAUGGACAUGCAGAUUGUUAAGGCUACUGACAUUAACGGCUUGUUGGCUGUGGCUGAGAACCCUGUCGUAUCAAGGAGGCAUGCUUUGAAGAUGGUAUCAAUCUUAUCAGACUGGUCCAGCUCCAAUAAAGUAAAGAUCACAGACUUCGAGAAGGACCCUCGCUUCCUGAAACUGUGUCGGAUCCUGGCACGCACCAGCACUACCCAAGCUAUGAGCUCUCUCACCAUGGCGGAGGAUCUGAGUACUGUGCUUGGCAUCACGGGGGAUGAUGAGGCAGCGAGACUGAUUGCUAAUCUCACACUGCCACAGAUGGUUAAGGUGAUGCGAGCUCUCCAUCAAAAAGGGCGCCGCAGCACGCCCCUGCUCCGAGCGCUAUCAUACAACAUAACACGACAGGCCGACACCAUAGACCUCAAGAAAUCUGCUGACCUGUUGUUCUCUAUGGCCACACUCAACUUUCCCGAUCCAUUAUUAUUGGAUAGAAUAUGCAAAGACGUAAUCGAAUGCCUACCGGCCAACAAAGACAAGCCAGCUGUGGUCAACUCCAUCAUAGUAUCGCUCGGCCUUCUAAAAUACCGCCACGAGCCAGCCCUCACAGCGAUCACUGAGUGGAUACAAACGCAUAUGCAAACAUGUCGGGCGGGGGACAUAGCGUCUGCUGUUGUAACGUUAGCUACGGUUGAUUUUAUCCCGCCAAAUAGCGAAAACUUGUUCAAAGCAGCAGAAUCCCUUAAAGAAGAGGAGAUGGCCAAGUCGUCCGCGUGGCUGGAUUUCGUGUUCGCCCUGCUCACACUCGACAAGGCGCAGCCCCAGCAACUGGUGUCGACUAUUCAGCCGGAAUUUAUUGACAAAUUGCUGUCACUAGGCGAGAUCCUCAUCCCGUCCCGGCGCAAGCUGAUGGCCAUCGACGCCUACCUCCAGCUAACCGCCCCCGCCUCCCCGCGCCUCCCCUCGGACAUCUCCGUCGGUGUACCCCUCGUGUACACUAAGGAGAAGACGCUGUACGUGCACUCCAUCAUGGACACCUUCAGGAGUCUGGUGUCCGCUGAUGCGUUUAUGAAGCGGGAGUGUAAUAGCGGCAUGGGAUUUCUGUAUGAUGCGGAGUUCGCGAUAGAUUCUAAAUGUCACCCAGUACCGUUAGAAAAAGCAGCAAAUGACAAGAGCGUAUUCAGGAUAGCAGUGCUGGGCCUGGAUUACCACGACCUCACUAGAAAGACAGCGGUUCCGCUCGGCAUCUACCAGCUAUACACCAGGAUGCUACAACUUAAGGGUUUCAAAGUGCUACAGAUCCCAUACACGGAGUUCAACCCGCGCGAAAAACUGGUCACACGAGUGCAAUACAUCGAAAAGCGGUUAAAGGAGAUUAUUAGCGAUAAGUCCGCCUCAUAGAGCCGCGAACAAUGUAUAUGUGUACAGAGUUAAGUAUCUGUUUUGUUAGUAGAAGAAUUUAUAUGGAUGAAAUGAAUCA